UUCGUUCAACUUGCGCUGUUCUUUGUGAAAAUCUACCCCGAACAACGACAGACAGAGAGAAUUGUCAUAGUUCAACUACAUCUUUGAAUAAUGGAGACGAGAGCAUCGUUUUAUCAAAAUUUGAAAACUGUCUUCGAGUGAAAAGUUUUUGUCUUCUUUUUCUUCCAUCGUCUUCUCAAAAAACUUUUCUUAAGUUACCCACCCACACUCAAAGAAUCUCUACUGCGUUUCUACUGACACUCUUUACAUUAUCUAUCGUCCACAAAAGCAAAAGCAAAAGGCAUCAAAAGAAGAAGAAGAAAAUAGUAGGAAAAUGCAAGAAAAUAGAAUAACAUCAGUAACCGCAUCAUCAUCAUCGGAAACAUCACCCACGGGGAAUGAGAAAGGAAACGAUAUUACAUCAAACACAAACACAUCGACAUCAAAUGCAAAUGAUAUCGAUCAAGCACAGUUUGAGGCAGACAAACGUGCAGUAUACAAACAUCCACUCUUCUCACUACUUGCGUUAUUGUUAGAGAAAUGUGAACAAGCAACACAAGGCUACAUUCCAUCCAACUCGUCAAAUUCAUCAUCAACAUCGAGUCCAAAUGCGUCAACAAAUAACAAUGAAAAUGAUAGUUUUUCUAGGGAUAUUCAAGCAUUUGUACAGUUAAUAGAGAAAGAGAAGCGUCCACUUCUGACUAAUAAUGCUGAACUUGAUGGUCUGAUGAUAAAAGCACUUCAAGUUCUUCGUAUUCAUUUGUUGGAACUAGAGAAGGUUCAAGAACUUUGUCGCGACUUCUGCACCAGAUACAUUGCAUGCUUACGGGGUAAGAUGCAAUCGGAGAACUUACUUCGAUCUGAUUAUGCUAUGGAGCAUAUAAGCAAUAGUAACAUGUCAAACUCUAAUAGUCCGGUUAACAGUCCAGGUGAUCAGGAAGCACUUUCGAAUCAACCGACUUUUUUUGGCAAUAGCAACAGUAACAAUGAUUUUUUAUCUAAUACGACUGAUGAUUACUCGAAUAAUAACAGCAGUAAUCAUGGUGGAUUUAUUAAUUCACGAACUUCACUUGCAACUCACUUAAAUUCUACAAAUGGAAUGGAUGGAUCUUUGAACAUGUCAAAUACGGAGAUAAACAUUCCAAUUCUAGCUGUUGGUGGUGGAGCAAAUACAACGAUUACCAGUGGUGGAAUUCCAGCAACACAUCCACAUCAAAUUCUUGGUUCGACACCACUCAGUCAAAUCGGAUGUCCACCAUUGAAUCUUGAUCAUUACUCAGCUCAAUUGUCACCGUCCUGUGGAGGUGAUUCAGAUGAUGAAAUCGAUUCAGAGCUUGAAUCAAAUGCCGAUGAUAUUGGUUCUAACUAUUCGCUGAAUUCGGGAUCGAAACGACAAAAACGUGGAAUUUUACCAAAACAUGCAACGAGCGUCAUGCGAGCUUGGCUAUUUCAACAUUUGGUGCAUCCUUACCCAACAGAAGAUGAAAAGCGAGCCAUUGCUGCACAAACCAAUCUCACCCUACUCCAAGUCAACAACUGGUUCAUCAACGCUCGAAGAAGAAUUUUAACUCCAAUGCUUGAGCAUGCUUCCGAUAGUUCAUCUAAUAAAAAAUCACCAGAACAGCAGCAAUCCGAUCAGAUUACGAUAGCGAAACGAUUUUGGACUGAACAGUUGGCAAACUCACAAAACUCGAAUCAACUUCCCAUUGAGGCAAACAUCGAGAAUAUCAGCGCUAAUAUUAAUCGAAUGGAUUCGGAGAGGCUUUUAGCGAUUGUGACACAACAUAAGUUGCAACAACAAUUCUACAGUUCUGAUGAAAGUAACGAUGAGGGUUUGCUGAUUAAUCAACAACAUUAAAACAUCCACCAAAAUAAAGGAAAACUCAAGAAGAAAGAUGAUAAACUUGUAUACUAUUUUGACUAGAAUUUAAAUGUUACUUUAAUGCAAUUUAAACAACAGUAUGCUUCCAGAAAGAACUUCAUUUCUUCUUCUUUUCAUUCAAUUUAUGUUUUAAAGAAAGAAAAUAUUUAAAUAUCCAUGAAAUUAAAUAAAGAAUCAACAAUUUUUUUGGUAUACGACACAUCGUCUCGAUAAACUGAUCCAUCGAUUGAUGGUAAACUUGUAACAAAUAUACGUAAAAAUGCUACAAUUUAAAAAUUAAAUUUAGGUUUAAGAUGUGAUUCAACAGAAAGCAAAAUUAUAGUUGAAUUAAAAAUUAUCCCAAUAAUCCUUUUUCUCCUCCACCCCCGAAGUCAACAACAUUUAAAUCCGCUACUAAAAAUAAAUAUUUUUGAAGUUUUAUGACAUGAUGAAAAAUCUCAAUUGUUCUCUUUAAUGUGCCAUAAUAAAAUUCAAUGAUUUCUAAAUGCUUUAUAAACAAUUAAAUUUAAUGACAGAAAAAUGAUGAUGAUGAAAAAAUCUGC